GGUUCAAAAUUCAAAGAUACAAUUGAUGUUGCAUGAAAUAAAAACGAAAGAAUUGAACGAUAGAAUAAAAGCAGCUAAGAAAGGAACUCUCACGGGGUUAGGAAUCGGUACGUUAGCAGCUAUUCCGCUUGCAAUAUGUAUUUCGCUUGUGGACAGUGGCGUAACCUUGGCGACAACCUUGAUAACCGGAGGAAUUAUAGGAUUGACGUUAGAGAAGAGUGGUAAUGAAAAUGAUCGUAAAUUAGGAUAUCAAAAAACCAUUCUACAGGAAGAUCAGAAAUUUAUCGAAUCGGUUGUCAAUGAUAUCGAGAAAUUUCAGCUUGGCGUCAAAAUAUUUGAAAAUCUUUGGCAACGAUACUUUGAUCGCAUUUACGAGAUCCGAAAAAAGAUUUUUACCUCACGACAAGAAAUUCUCCAUAGCUGGGACGGACCGGCAAUUCAGUCAAUGUUAAAAUGUUGGAAUCAAGUAAAGAACGCUUUUGAAAAUUAUAGCCGCAAUGUUAUAUUGGAUUCGUAG